GAUAAGUCCCCUCAAAGUAAAACUGAUGUCGCUUAGAACGUGAUGUCAUUGGUCCCUGCGCGAUCUUGACUAAAAUACGAUCCCCAGUGACUAUACCUCGUCUAUUUGUAUCAUGGAGACGCCAAGGAAUGUAUCUGAAGUUGCCGGUCUGAUAGUAGCGCCUCCAGUAUCGUGAAAUGUGAUGUUCAUUGUAAUCUCUGACAGAGUUUGAAUCUGUUUUCGGAAUUGCUCGAGUGGCUGAUUGUUAUAAAGACCAUCGCCAAAUGACAUACGUCGUCUGACAUUAUUGCAGCUAUAGGAAAUAGAACUAGGACAAGGCUUGAAGGGUUUUAGAGGAUAAAAAUACUGAAGAAUGGGUAGCACCAGUCAGCUUUAUAGCCUAUCAUGGGGUGAAUUUAGCACAUCCCUUACAUCUGCUGUGCAGCUUCUUAGAGGACAUGGGGAACUGGUUGAUGUUACUCUGGCAGCUGGUGGUCGCAGUUUUCCUGCACAUAAAAUUGUCCUCUCUGCAGCAAGUCCUUUUUUACUAGAUUUACUCAAAAGUACACCUUGCCAACAUCCUGUAGUGAUGCUAGCAGGUAUCGGAGCAGAUGAUUUGGAAUCGUUACUUGAAUUUGUAUAUCGAGGUGAAGUAAGCGUGGAGCCAGCUCAAUUACCUUCGUUGCUUCAAGCUGCCCAUUGUUUGAGUAUACAUGGUUUGACACCACCGACAAUACUAACAGAAAAUGGCGAGGAGAUACCAAUAUCAGCAAUACCUAGUGCAAAUGAAGCCUUAACAAGGGACGUACUAAAUUCUUAUCUGCCUGUGCGUCGAAGAAAAAAAAGAAGGAAGUCUUCGUCCUCAUCCGGUAAAUGGCCAAAAACAAACGAUCACACGAAUACCGAGAACAGACCUCUAGAUAGCCAAUCACAAGAGAACAGGACAGCGGAUUACGAUCAUAAGGACAGCGAAACCACGAGUCAAACCGAAGAUAUGGGAGAUGGUAACUCCAAGGCUCGAAGUGUGUCAGAUCAGCCAGCAACGUGUCCACUGUGCGGUGCUCUGUUACGUCAGUCCAGAAACCUGCGAAGGCACUUGGAGUUGUUACACUUUGGUACUGGAAAACCAAUAAAACAAGGAGUGCGUAUAAGUGGUCGAAGAAGCUCCAGGAGUAGUGACUUGCUACGAUCAUCAUCUUUAUGUUCAAAUCGUGUCACCCCUACCAAUAGAAUUGAUCAUCCUCACCUAAGACCCUCGGACAGUUCUGAUAUGCAAACAGUUACACCAUUGUCAAUAGCUUCCGUAGUGAGUUCCAGUGCAUCGAACAUGACUAUUCCUGGAAAUCUCAUGGUACCUGGAGCAAGCAUUCUCUCAGGAAGUAAUGAACAAAGUGUGCAUCCAGUUGGUACAAUUCCAUCAUCUUCCUGUACGGGUUCCAUGGGUCCUCCCCAUAAUGGUAUCUACUCCUCGGAUAGUACAACGAGUAUGCUCAGCUGCCUGUUACCUCCGUUACCAUCCUUACCCUCGUUAUCGUCACCCCAUGACGUAUUUCGUCAUAGUGAAAUGCUGCGUGCUGGCGUGGCUUAUUACGACACUUCUAGACAACCCUCACGACACAUUCAACGUACCGACGUCACCUAAGAACUGCCAUGAGGAUUUGGCUUUUGGAAUUCAGUGCAAUUAGUUCAUCCUCUUCCUUUUAAAUAUUUUAUAUUAUUUUAUUAGUUUCCAAAAUGUCAACAAAUUUUAUUACUUGGCACACGGAACAACAACGUACUGGUGAUAAGAAAUUAGGGAGUAGAGGCUCUUCUCUGCUGUUUUUUUAAGGGGUUUUCCGGUGUACUAAUCUAUAUGGAUUCGAGACUUCCAUUUCUUAGGCAGUCUAUCUCAUCAAGAAAUUCUUUUAUACGUUUAGUCAAGCCGUUGAUCAUAUAUUGACGACUCGCUAUUUCUAUUUCAGUGCUUAAUUUACACAAUAGAGGGUGAGGAGGUAUUUAUGGGAUGUAUGGAAUAUCUUAUUAUUAUUAGUUUUAUUCCCUCUCUUUUUUCGUUGUGAUCAUCUUUAUUAUUUAUAUUAAUACCGGUUAAAAGUCACAGGAGCUAUAGCAUGCUUUAUUUCUUUUUUUAUACGGUGGUGGCGAAUUAACCUGACAAUGAGUAAUAUCUUCCUUCCCGAGGACACUCGUGCUUCUUAUCGAUACACUUUCCACGUAAGUUGGAAAUAUCCAGAAAGCAUAUACCGUGUAAGCGUUUAAUGAUUUUAAAUAUUUUUUAUUUGUUCAUGAAGUUUAUCACUGAAUCAAUUGCUUUUUACUUUUAUUCAGAAGCAAAUAUUUUCUUUUUCUUUUGUAAUCAUUAUAUUGAUUCGCUUUAGUAGUUUUAAUGGCCUUCGUCUACGUUAUAGAUAGUUAUACAAGAAUAUAUGUAUAUAAUUCCAUUUUAUUUUGGGCAGAUGAACGUUCCGAGAAGUGACAAUAGAUAUGAUAUACAUGCUAUAUACAAAAUAAUUUGAGAUUAUAUUUGAGAGUUUGUGAAUAUUGUACAAAAAAUCGUGUCAACGAUAAUCAUGUGUCGUACUUUAAAGUAUAAGACAAGAGUACUGAUAGUGCAUUCUUGGAUCUAAGAUAACAUUUUUUUAAUUGGCUGUAUUUACAAUGAGAGAGUACGAGAGAGAGAUUAUAGGAAACAUUGCAAUAUAUACUUUAUUCUAUACAACUGCACGUUAAUACGUGAAUUAAAAUUUAUAGGUAAUAAAGAGAUAAAAAAAGAAA